CCUCAACAAGUUCAGAGAUUCUUCAAGAUAAUCCUUGGUUCUCAAACAUAAACAUUGCAUGCUUCAUUCAGAGACUAAAUGGCUUCCAGAUUAGAGGAGGAUCUCUGCUGUCCGGUCUGUAAGGACAUCUUCAAAGAUCCGGGUUUUCUGUCCUGUAGCCACAGCUUCUGUAAGGAGUGUCUGAAGAACUGGUGGAGAGAGAAACCAACUAAAGAGUGUCCAGUUUGUAAGAGGAGAUCUUCAAAGGUUGAACCACCCUGUAACCUGGUUCUGAAGAACCUGUGUGAGACCUUCUUACAGCAGAGAGACCAGAGAUCUUCAGAGGAUCUCUGCAGUCUGCACUCUGAGAAGCUCAAACUCUUCUGUCUGGACCAUCAGCAGCCAGUGUGUCUCAUCUGCAGAGAUUCAGAAAAACACACCAAGCACAGAUUCAGACCCAUCAAUGAAGCUGCUCAGCAACACAAGAAGAACCUUCAGGAAACUCUGGAACCUUUGAAGAAGAACCUGAAGCUCAGGAAGAAAGUUCAAGAGGAGUUUAAUCAGACAGCAGAACACGUGAAGGUCCAGGCCCGACACACAGAGAGGCUGAUUAAGGAGCAGUUUAAGAAGCUUCAUCAGUUUCUAGCAGAGGAAGAGGAGGCCAGGCUGGCUGCACUGAGGGAGGAAGAGGAGCAGAAGAGUGGGAUGAUGAAGGAGAAGAUGGAGGCUCUGAGCAGAGAGAUAACAGCUCUUUCAGCCACAGUCAGAGCCACAAAGGAGGAGCUGAGAGCUGAAGACGUCUCCUUCCUGCACAACUACAAGGCUGCAGUGGAAAGAGUCCAGCGCUGCCCCCUGCUGGAUGGUCCACAGCUGCCCUCAGGAGCUCUGAUAGACCAGGCCAAACAUCUGGGCAACCUGGCCUUCAACAUCUGGAGCAACAUGAAGAACAUGGUGUCCUACACUCCUCUCAUCCUGGACCCAAACACUGCUGCUUCAGAACUCUUCUUGUCUGAAGAUCUGACCAGUGUGACUCUAGGAGAGGAACAGAAGCUUCCUGGUAAUCCAGAGAGGUUUGAUUACUGGUGUUCUGUCCUGAGUUCUGAGGGCUUUAACUCAGGGAACCACAGCUGGGAUGUUGAUGUUAGAAACAGUGAAUACUAUGAACUGGGUGUGAUAGCAGAGUCUGUCCAGAGGAAGAGAAUCAUAAAGUCUGGAUGGUUGUCUAUAUGGUUCAAUGGAGGUAAAUACUCAGCAUGGUCUCCACCAGCUCCUCCCACAGAUCUCUCAGUACAGAAGAAGCUCCAGAGGAUCAGAGUGAAUCUGGACUGGGACAGAGGAAAGCUGUCCUUCUCUGAUCUGGACACUAACACACACAUACACACCUUCACACACACCUUCACUGACAAGAUGUUUCCAUACAUCACCACUGUGGAUGAAGCAACAAUCUUACCGAUGAAGAUCUCAGUGAGCAAACAGCAGCUCUGAUGUUCUCAGCAUGAAGAACAUAAAGUCCAAAUGAAACCUUAUUGAUCAGAUUGAAGCUCAGUGUUUUAAACAGGAAACUGGAGAUGAUCUGAUCUGGUCUGACUGAUCAUCUGGUUGCUUUCAGGUCAGCUUCAGAUGAACAUUCAUAUUAGAGCUACAUAAAUUAUUGAAUCAUCACAAUAUCAGGAUGUGCAAUGUCUCAAAGACUGCUUGGAUGCAAUACUUGGUAAGAUAAUUAAUUAAUGACAUUCACACCCAGCAUGAUGAUAAUAUAUCUGACCAGUUGGACAGACUCUACCUGCUCUGAAAGGCUUCACCUGAUCUAUCUUUAUGGGUGGAGAUGCUGAGACUCCCAGAGAGCAGUGGGGACAUCGUGUAAUGAUAAAGAAGGAAAAAUGUUGGUUAAUACACAGUAAUAUAUUGAAAUCACAAUGUUGACUAAUAGUUUCACAAAUAAAUCUUAUUCUGGUACCGUGGAGCCCUCAUUCUGAUGCACAGGACAUCGUUCCUGAUCUCUGAGGUUGGUUAGAGGAGCCAUACUGGUUCAGUGUUUUUCUAAUAACCUUUAACCUGCUAACUGAGGCCUGCAAAGUCUGAGAUGGAGCUCCUGGGUUCUUGGUCAUUUCUCUGAGCUUCACGCUCUGACCUUGGGCUGAAUCUGCUGCGACAUCCACUCCUGGGAAGACUUGCAGCUGUCUGAGAUGUUUUUCACUUGGAAAUAAUCUUUGUCUCUGUAGAAUGAUGGACUUUAGAUGGUUUGGAGAUGACAUUAUGACCCUUCCCAGGUUGAUGGACAGCAACAGCUGCUUCCCUGAGGUCAUUGCUGAUGUCUUCCUGUCCUGGCAUUGUUUAUCCUUCCCUGUAUCCUCAUAUGUCUGAUCAGGAGCAUCUGCUGCUACUUUCUGUCUUUUGAAAGCUGUUGUGAUGGACUUAUGUUUUCAUACAGUUCUCCUGAGUUUGGCUCAGUUUUUGAUGAAUUCAUAGAAAUAUGGAGGAAUAUGUGAUGUGUUUAUCUGACAAUGGAUUUAUCUCAGAGCUUGAUGAGAUGAGAUCAUUUAUUAUGUAAGAAAAAAUGGAAAUAAAAACAGUUUAACCACU